ACCAUUUUCUUCUUUCUUCUUCUCAAGAAAAGAAAGCAAUGCGGAGCAUAAUAGGAAGAAAUCUCCUAAAUCUCUGUUUUACAAAUUUCAAACGCUCGAUUCCUAUUGAACCCACAUAUUUUUAUCAAGAAGAAGAUGAUGAUCAAUAUCGCAAACGCUCUGUAAAUACCUCAGUCGUCGGCGGCGGUGGCGACGGCGGCGAUGGAGAUUCAACCAUUACAAAGACAUUCAAUUCACUCUACGACCUCACUUCCUCCAUACCCAAACCUUUAAGAACUCACAUUUCAUCUUCCACCUUCUCCGACGACGUAAAUUCAAUCGAAUCCCCUGAAACAAUUCCCGAUAUCGCCACCGUUUACGCUUCACAACGCUUCUUCUUCGCAUCUCCAGGCCGUUCAAACUCAAUCGUCGACUCUUCUUCCUCCUCACUUUCUCUGACGUCACCCUCUUCGUCAAAUCCACCGGAGGAGGAGGGGGAGGAGUCGCCGGAAAUCGGGGGAGUCGCGGUGCCGACGUACUCGCCGGACCCAUAUCUUGAUUUCAGACGAUCGAUGGAAGAGAUGGUGGAGGCACGUAACUUGUUCGACGUAAGAUCUAACUGGGAAUGCUUGCACGAAUUGUUGCUAUGUUAUCUUGCUCUUAAUCCUAAGAGUAAUCAUAAGUUCAUCGUCGGUGCUUUCUCAGAUUUGCUUGUUAGUUUAAUGGAUUCUCAAUCUGGGUAUAGCACUGGCGCCGGAUGCAUCGCCACCGCCACCGCCGCCGCCACCGCCGGCGGCGGCAGUGAGUAGUUAUAUGUGUACUUUUGUUUGUUUGUUUGUAUGGUGGGUUGGUGGGUUUGGUUUGGUUUGGUUUUCUUGAAUUAUGGAAGAAGGUAAGUAAAUGGAACUAUAAAUCAAAAUAGCAGUUUAUUUUCUUGUCUGAUUUACUAUUGGAAACGUAAAAGAUUGGCAUUAUUACUAUUUACCAAACCCUACUUCUUCUUCUUCUUCCAACAUGACAUGGUCCAGUUCGAUCAUGUCAUGAUCAUCAUUAUUCAAUCCCUAUUCUUAUCCAUCUUUGAAUCAAUUAUUUAAUGUAAAGUACGGUUUUGAUGUAAAGCUCACAUCUUGAAUGUUUGUCCUUUGGUAAGUUUCUUUUGGCAUAUUCUAAGGGUUUUUUACCUUUAGGGUUACAUAGUAAAUUAUUUGAAAUUGUGGGUUGGUUGGUUUGCUCA